UCCGAGGAGGAAGAAGCAGUAGGAACCCAAUGGUCUGAGAGGAAGGGGGAAGCGGAGGGGAGCAUGUCUCUUGUAGCUCCUGGGCAGAAGGAAGAGACCUGCGGAGCUGACCCGAACACAACCCCGAGCCUAGAGUCCAACCUUUUCAGCCAAGCCCCGGCGAGCCCACCCGUACCAGUUGCACUCCAGUCCCCCUGCAGACAGACAAAGGAGAAAUAAGAGACGUCAGAUGCAAUGUAACAGAGCAAAUGAGUCAAGCUUGUUCUCCACUCCCAGAACCCACAGCUCAUCACCUGCUUUCUCCCAACCCCACACCUGAGGUGUGGCCAGCCACCCUGCUCAGCUCAAGGAUCUCAUUCCAGGUGGUGUGAGCGCCCUAUGACACAUCCAAAAAGAUUUUGCUAUGAGCAAUGGCAAAAAUUUCACUGCCUAUGUUUUCUUCCUGGAGUUUUACAGUUUCAGCAACUGGUGAGGAGUAGGCUCAGGGAUGCCAUUGGCUGUUGACCCACCGCCAGCCAAUCCUGGGCCCCGAAUCAUCACUGGAAAUCUUGGGACUCGGAUCACAGAGAACGCUGGUUCCUCGGUCUGCAGCCGCGCACAGGCACUGAUGGGAGAAGAGGGAAAGAUUUCUCCGCUUUGGGGACGGUUUGCUCUCCCGUUGCGACUGUGCCCAAGGGCAGGUUAGAGAGAGGGACAACCAGAAAAUCGUCGUUUGAGCUUCCGUGGAGGGAGGAAGACGCAGAAGUUAAUUCUGGCAGGGUCACAAGGGCAUUUACCGAGAUCAGGACUGCGGUGCCAAGUCUCCCUGGCUGAUUUUCCCGCGCCCACGGCCUGCGGUCCUGCGCCUCCUGGGUGACUCGUCCCUGGUGCUAUGGAGCCCGCGGCUUCUCGGCCUGACCCCCUGCUCUUCUUCCCGCUCCUGGGCCUUUCUACACUGGUCUCAGCCCAGUUUUCCGUUGUGGGGCCAGCCAAUCCCAUCCUGGUCAUGGUGGGAGAAAACACCACGUUACGCUGUCACCUGGCACCUGAGAAAAGUGCGGAGGACAUGGAGGUGCGGUGGUUCCGGUCUCAGUUCUCCCCGGCCGUGCUGGUGUACAAGGGCGGGCGGGAGAGGACAGAGGAGCAGAUGGAAGAGUACCGCGGACGGACAACCUUUGUGAGCGAGGACAUCGGCCGGGGGAGCGUGGCGCUCACCAUACACAACGUCACGGCCCGCGACAACGGCGUGUACCGCUGUUACUUCCAGCAGGGCAGGUCCUACGACGAGGCCGUCAUGCGCCUGAUAGUGGCAGGCCUGGGCUCCCAGCCCCUCAUUGAAAUGAAGGGCCACGAGGAUGGGGGCCUCCGGCUGGAGUGCACAUCCGUGGGGUGGUACCCAGAGCCCCACGCAGUGUGGAGGGACCCUUAUGGGGAGAUCGUGCCCGCCCUGGAGGAGGCUUACAACGAGGACACGGACGGCCUCUUCAUGGUCACCUUGGCCGUGAUCGUCAGGGACUGCUCGGUGAGGAACAUGACCUGUUCCGUCAACAACACGCUGCUCAGCCAGGAGAAGGACUCCGUGAUUUUCAUUCCAGAACCCAUUAUUCCCAGCACGUCUCCCUGGACGGUGGCCCUGGCUAUCACCCUGCCUGUUCUGUUCCUCCUCAUCACUGGGGGCAGCAUCCGUCUCAUCAGGAAACUCUACAGAGAAAAAGAGAUUCUGUCAAUGGAAAAAGAGAUUGAAAACAAAGAGAAAGAAAUUGCACGUAAGGAACUGGGGAGAGAACGUGUGGAAAAAGAGAAAGAACGUCUAAUAAAAGAGCAACUGCAAGAAGAAUUGCGAUGGAGAAGAAGCCUCUUACAUGCUGCUGAUGUGGUCCUGGACCCAGACACCGCUCACCCCGAGCUCUUCCUGGCAGAGAACUGCAGAAGCGUGCGGCGGGGCCCCUCCAGGCAGAGCUUGCCUGAUAACCCUGAGAGGUUCGACUGCCGGCCGUGCGUCCUGGGCGGGGAGAGCUUCUCCUCGGGGAAGCACUACUGGGAGGUGGAGGUUGAAAACGUGAUGGUCUGGUCCGUGGGGGUUUGUAGGGACAGUGUGGAGAGGAAAGGGGAGGCGAUGCUGAUCCCGGAGAAUGGCUUCUGGACCCUAGAGAUGUUCGGAAACAAGUACCGCGUCUUAUCCUCCCCCGCGAAGAUCCUUCCGCUGAAGGAGCGCCUCCAGCGGGUGGGCGUCUUCCUGGACUACGAAGCUGGAGAUAUCACCUUCUAUAACAUGAGGGACAGGUCACACCUCUACACGUGUCCCCGUUCACUCUUCUCUGGGCCCCUGAGACCCUUCUUCAGGCUGGGGUCUGAUGACAGCCCCAUCUUCAUCUGCCCAGCGUUCACAGGGGCCCAUGGGAUCACAGUGCCCGAGGAUGGCCUGGUUCUUUACAGGCCAGGGGCCCGCCGCCGUUACCAGCACCAAUUCCUCGGCUUCGGAGCUAAGUAGAGAAGCCCUGGCCAUCUCUAUCGGCGGGGCACAGCGCCCCCAGAGGAAAGCCGCCCUCUUGCCCUCUGGUUACAGAAGACCCUUCCAGAGGCCACCUUGACACCCUCUUCAGGCCUCAGCACCAUCUCUCCCUCGUUGGGCUGUUGCUUCAGUAGCUCAUUUGCUUGUAGCCAUGGGGCAGGAGCCCGUCUCAGGGGAACUUGUGCUGCCAUAUGGCUCCCAACCAAGAAAAGAGUGUGAGAAAGCCACAGGCUGAAAACCUGCUGCUUUGACAUCAGGGUGUCACAUUCAGCAUGGUGCUUGAGUUGACAUCAGACACGGUGGAUUUGGGUGAGGGCACCGGGGUCUGAGAGGAAGAAGGGAACCCCAGGGCCUUCUAAGGGGAGGGGGCACCACAUUGGAGGUCAGUGACAGAGGAAGAGGGAGCAGAGAGCUGCGAGGGGCAGGGCUGUUGGGGUGGCUAAGCCUCACCGUGACAGCCAAGGGGGUCCCAGGAUCUUAUGGUCCAUUUCCACCUCACACCUAAGAUUUCCAGCCCACACAGUAAGGCUCCCCAGACCUAGAAUUGGGAUGAAAGUGGAGGACACAUCUGGAUCUGGCCGGCUCCGGUGCCCCUGCAAUACACAAGGAGUCAGGACUCAGCGCCAGUGGCCUGAGCUGAAGGUCCCGACUGAGCAGGUGAGCAGUGAAUCCAGUCAGUCACAGGUCCAGCUCCGUGUCCAGUUUCUUGACAGCGGUGUCCAGUUUCUUGUCACGAUGCCUUUAUAUACUUAAAAAUUACUGAGGACCUGAAACAGCUUUCACUUGUUUUGCUUAUAUCUGCCAAUAUUUACUAUAUUGGAUUGAAAAGCUUUAGAGAUGUAUUUAUAAUCUGUAUUGAAAUGAAAGUUAUAAACUGAUUACAGGCUAAUAUAAAUAACAUUUUGUGAAAAAUAACUCGUUUGCAAAGCAAAAUAAACGUUAGUGAAGU